AUGCUUCUAUGUAUUCUUAAUCAUCCCGGGAGAGAGCAAGCGGUGACGGAAAUGAGUCUGAUGAAGAAGAGGAUCAAUGUGAGUCGCCGUGAAAGUAAGAGGAAAUCAAAAGACGGCAAAGAGUAUGGCUGUGGUUCGGAUUUGGAAAGUGGGAGCGAUUCGGAAUCGGAGAAGGAAGAGAGACGCAGAAGUAAAAAACGGAGAGGGAAUAGGAAGUCAGAUCGGAAAUCUGAUUAUGAAAUCUCGGAGAAGACGGAGUAG